AUGUCUUCCCCAUCAUUUACCCAAGCUCUAAUACAGUCCCACUCAGAGGCAUACCAGGCCGCUACCCAGUCUGCGUUUCUGCGCAACGCCGCGCGGGGCAAAGUCCCCAAGGCCACGCUCGGCACAUGGCUCGCCAACGACAGGCUCUACAUUCACGGCUACAUUCGCGGCACAGGACGCCUGCUCAGCUUCCUCGGCCUCCCGCAGACUGUGGCCGAGCAGAAUCAUGGCUCAGAUGCCGCAACACAGCUCUUUGACUGGUCUGUCGACGCACUGGUCAACAUCCGUCGCGAGGAGGCCUUCUUUGUAGACACAGCCCGGCGCUACGGCAUCGACGUCAACCUACCAACAGGCGCAGACGGCGCCGUUGUUCCACAGGCUGCUAAGCUGCCGGGACUUCAACGCUUCGAGACCCUCUUUGAUAAAUUGGCUCCUGGGCCUGGGUCUCUACUUCCGUGGUUGGAGAGCGCGGUGGUGUUUUACGGAACAGAAAAGUGUUACCUUGAUGCAUGGACGUGGGCAAAGAGCCAGCUUAGUGGAACGACUCAUAAUGACGAUGAUGGGGGCGCUCUGCGUGCUGAGUUUAUACCGAAUUGGACGUCUGCUGACUUUGUUGUAUUUGUGGACAUGCUGGGGAAGAUUAUUGACGAUGCUGUUGCAGAGGAAGUGCGGCGUGGCGACGGCAAAGUUUGGGAUGUGUUGAUGGCGAGGGUUACGCCGUGGUGGGAGGAGCUGUUGGCUGCUGAAGAAGGGUUUUGGCCGGCAAUGGAGUGA